AAGAAACUCCGGACCGUUGGAUGCUCAAAACCCUAUAAACUUCGCAGCUUCUGCCGAAACCUCUCCUCUCCAGCCAGCUCCAAUUCUCCAGCCAGGGACAAACCCUAGACGAUCAACCGUCGGCGAGCUGGUAGAAAUGGGUGAAGAGGCAGCCAAAGGAGGACCAGUGAUUCCAGAGUCAGUAUUGAAGAAGAGAAAAAGGGAGGAGGAGUGGGCUCUUGCAGCAAAGCAACAACUUGAAACCAAGAAGAAAAAGAAUGCUGAGAACAGGAAAUUGAUCUAUAAUAGAGCCAAGCUAUAUGCAAAGGAGUAUGAGGAGAAGGAUAAAGAACUGAUUGAUUUGAAGCGUGAGGCGAAAUUGAAAGGUGGAUUUUACGUUGACCCAGAGGCCAAGCUUUUGUUUAUUAUUCGUAUCCGUGGUAUCAAUGCCAUGCAUCCAAAAACAAGAAAGAUUUUGCAGCUUCUGCGUCUAAGACAGAUAUUCAAUGGUGUCUUCCUAAAGGUGAACAAGGCAACAAUGAAUAUGCUGCAUAGGGUGGAACCUUAUGUGACUUUUGGAUACCCCAACUUGAAAAGUGUUAAAGAAUUGAUCUAUAAGAGGGGUUAUGGGAAGCUAAACAGGCAGAGGAUUGCUUUGACCGACAACUCAAUCAUUGAACAGGCUCUUGGAAAGUUUGGCAUUAUCUGCAUGGAAGAUCUUAUCCAUGAGAUCAUGACUGUUGGCCCUCAUUUUAAAGAGGCAAAUAACUUCCUAUGGCCAUUCAAACUCAAGGCACCAUUGGGCGGUCUGAAAAAGAAGCGAAAUCAUUACGUUGAAGGAGGAGAUGCUGGAAACCGUGAAAAUUACAUCAAUGAGAUGAUCAGGAGAAUGAAUUAGACUGUAGCGGUACUUGUGUUAUUGUUUUGAGGAGAUUAGGACAAAUCAGUAGAGAGAGCUCUGAGAUAGAGGGGAGCUGAUACCCUGAUAGACAGGGUAAGUGUUUUGAGUUGGGAAAUGUGAUGUGUGAAAUUCCCUAGUAUAUUUGGGUGGAUUCUUGGAGUUGUAUAUGUGUAUGUAUAGAUGGGUGGUACUCUGGUAUUGUAUUGUAUUUGGUUGGUAUUGUAUAUUGGGCUCACUUAUGAUAUGUAUUCCCCUGUAUGAGUAUUGUGAUUCUGGAUGGACUGAUCACCCGGUACCCCACUUCGGGUCAGGUUAUAUUGACAUAUGGUAUUAGAGAUGUUUGUGAUAU